AUGUCCAAUCCAACUACCAAAGUGAUGCAGGUGGUGCUACACAUUGUCAAGUACCUUAAUCAAACUAAAGAUGAGGUCUUAUGCAUUGGAGGCAAGGAAGUUAGCGAAACUACAAUUGAGACAUACACUGACACAAAUUGGGCAUCCAACCCUAAUACAGACUGGAAGAGCACCUCAGGAUCAAUUGUUAAGGUUUUUGGUAGCACUGUAACAUGGAACUCACACAUUCAGAAAUGUGUUGCCAGUUCAGCAGUCAAAGCUGAGUACAUUGCUGGCUCUGCAGCCACCAGAGAAGCACUUUUCCAUCAACAUUUACUCCAUGGCCUUGGAUUUGACAAUAACACACCAACCAUAUUCACUGACAACAUGGGCUGUGUUCAAGUUGCUAAUGACCUGCUAUGCAUUCAAAACUCAAACAUGUUGACACAAAAUAUCACCUGA